UCCUCUGGUGAAGAAUAGACCCAAAAAGAAGAUUGUAACUUGGGAUGUCUAUGAAGCUGAUAUGAAGGAGUUUAAAAAAGCACUAGAAUAUCUUGUUACAGUAGUAAAACAAGGUAGCAUGGCUAAAAAUCAAUCUACCGAAAAUGCCUCUUUGAAUAAGCAACAUCCCAUUGAAAACACUUCUAUCAAUCAACCAGAUAUUGAAAAUGUUAGUGAACCUAUGGUAUUUAAUAUUCUUCGGAAACCUGCUAGUGAUGUAGUAACUAUAAAAUGUCGAAUCAAUAAAUUAACCAUUCCUAGUGCUGUCCUUGAUAGCGGUGCAAAUUGCUCUAUUAUGUCAUUAAAUAUUGCUAAAAAAUUGGGACUUGAUAUAGAUAGAACUAGAGCUACUUCUCUUGAAGGAGUUGCUACUGAAUCUGAUACUAUUGGGUGGGUAUACAAUGUUCCUGUAAGUGUUGGAUUCUUUACACUAGUAACUGAUUUUAUUGUUGUCGAUGAUAAUAAACCAGCAUUACUUCUUGGUACACCUUGGCUUGAUAAAGCUCAAGCUAUGAUAGAUUUCCAGAGUCGAAUCCUUUAUAUAAGAAACUCUAAUGAUUUGAUCUUCAAUACUUUCAUAUUUCCAUCGGGCUUAAAACGUCACUUGAAUGGAAAAAAG